AUGAGAAUUAUUGCUUUAAUAACUCUUUUAUUGGUUGUUUCACCUAUAAUUGCUGAUAGUACUAACAACUUCUCUGUCAGUGCUCUUUUUGCCUACAAUAAGUGGAGAUAUGCUAAUAAACGUACCUAUUUCUCCCUUGAAGAAUAACAAUUCAGAUAACAAAUCUUUUUCGAAACUCACGAAAGAAUCUAAAACCAUAACAGUAACCCAGAAGCCACUUACAAGCUUGCCCAUAACUAGUUCUCUGACAUGCCCCAAGAAGAAUUUGCUAGUAGAGUACUUAUGAAAAGCUCAUAAUUAAUCCCUAGAAACGCUGUCUAAGCCUAAAAUAAUAACUCUACAACUUAAUAGCAUACUGCUUAAGAUGUCUAAUUACCUGCUUCUUUCGAUUGGAGAGAUUAUGGUAUUUUAUCUGAUGUUAAGGAUUAAGGUUAGUGUGGUUCAUGCUGGGCUUUCUCUACCACUGGUAUCCUCGAAGCUCUUUACUUUAUGGAAAAUCGUUAAAAAAUUAGCUUCUCUGAACAACAAUUAGUUGAUUGUGCUACUAAUUCUAAUGGUUUUAAUUCAUACGGUUGUUCUGGUGGCUGGCCUGAAGAAGCCUUGAAGUAUGUUGCUAAGUUUGGUAUUCUCAAAGAAGAAUAGUAUCCUUAUUUAGCUGUUGAUUCUAAGUGCAAAGUUUCUUCACCUACUUCUGAUGGUUUUAAGGUUUAAUCUUUCUAUUUUAUUGACAAGACUGCAGAUGCUUUAAAAAACACUGUUGCCAGAAUUCCUGUUUCAGUUUUAGUCGAUGCUUCCACUUGGGGUUCUUAUUCUUCUGGUGUUUAUAAUGGAUGUGGAAAUACAUAAACUUACAACUUAAACCAUGCUGUAGUUGCUAUUGGUUAUGAUGAAUAAGGAAAUUGGAUUAUCAGAAACUCUUGGAGUACUUCCUGGGGUAUGGACGGACACAUGAAGCUUGCUCCUGGUAAUACUUGCGGUAUUCUCUUAAGCCCUCUUAUUGCAGUUCGUUGA